CCGACGUGGUCGCCGACAACUGGGGCAACCUCUUCGACAGUGGCGUCGAUUCCGACGAGCAGCGCUACGAGGAACCCAUCAACGCCGACAAUUGGGGUGGAUUCUUCGAUGGAGCAGACGUGUCUGCCAACGCCGAGUUCGCCGGCCACUGGGACAACCCUUCCUCCAACCCCGACGCGACUGCCUAUGUCACACCAGAGGUUGCGGUGGAAUCGGUGCACCCGGCCGCACGCGGACGCUUCUUCAACGACGAUUCGGGUGCCCCGCUUGACUCGGACGACGACAGCUCCGUCCACGGCGGCCACGGAUCCGUGAUGUCCCAUCUCCUGGAGCGCGAGGCCGACACCGCCUUCCUUCCCCACUUGGAUCAGCGGGAUGGAGUUGAGGCGUGGCUCAUCCUGCGCCGGUGCACUCCCGCCUCCUUCAACGUCGCCUCCACCGACCCCAACAACGAGGUCUCGAGCGCCGUUACCGCGGACGCGCUCGCUAAGGCCGCGCCCGCGCUCUUCGCUUCGAGGGCGCCCAGACCAUCGCUCAAGUACCUGGAGCUGCUUCUCCAGGCAGAAAUCGACUUCGACCACAUUGACCUACCGACUGCUGCCGCCGCAGAGCACAUCGUCGCCCAGGUCACCGGCAACAACGCGGUGUCCGUGGUGGAGGACCAACUCAGGUGCACCCUCUUCCUCACGCGUAACUUCCUGUCAAGCCACCACCAGGCCGUCAGCAAGGAGUGGGACAUGGUCGCCGUCGUGCACCCAGUGUGCAACGUGGGGGAAAAGAAGGUGGACGCCAUCUGCACUGGCCAGAUCGAGCACCUGCUACUGCAUCACCUCAAGCGUUCACCUACCUCGAUUGGUGCCAAGGCGGUGUUCGAUGAAAUGCAGCAAAGCACCAAUUCCGCGACAACGACACCCGCAUCCUCAGCUCUGACAACAACAACUACUACAACCAUGGCUGCACCGGCCACCUGGCUGGACGCGCAGCCUGCUGUGUCGACAUGCUCAUCAGCAUCUUCUGCUCAAGAAGAUACACCAAUACCACUCCUCUUCCUUCGCGGUGGACUGAGUAUGAUGGAUAAUGUCUUACCUGCUAAUUCUACUUUCCUGUCUACCAACAUAUCACUCAGCAACAUGGAGUGUCUGAGAGAGUUUAUGCUUCACCUUAAGCUCGGCACCGCCAGAUUCACUAUUUGUGACGAAAGUGUAGUGAACCUGUGGUCGUCGCCGGUGGAGCGAGUUGUUCAGCAACAAACAUGGCUACAACUUGAGUUGACAAAUAGUGGUCUUGACCUAUGGCCUAUCUCAUGGCAAUCGCAACAAGUCUAUUUUGGUACUCACCAUGGAUUCGCUGCAUGGCCCAGGAGCCAUGGCACAAUUCUUGUCUUCGAUUUUAGCAAUACCUUGUCCUGGAACAACUCAAUGUCAAUUGUUGCUUCAUGCUCAACCAACACCCUUCUUGCCAAGGAUGAUGGAGAUUCUAUGAACCGGUGUUUCAGUUGGUGUUGGAAGCCUCCAUGGUUACAUCCAGGUCAGUCGAAAUUCAGAGAUUUCCUCUGGUGGUCUUUUUGGUAUUUCCAAUUUGUCAGGUCCAAGUAUUAUGGGUGCAGAGCAUCACAAUUACUAACUCCUUGGACACCACCUAUGACAUUAUGUUUGGUUGGUGAUGACCUUGUUGUGAUGCUAGUUAUUCCAAGUAUGCUACUGUUAUCUCGGUGCUAUUUUAGUGGAGUAGAAUGUGUGCUGGCAGCUGCAGAUCCGUUAUUUUCUACAUUUCAUGCUGAGAGAGAGUUGUUCUGGAAGCCACCUUGGCAACAUCUAGUUCCUAACACCAGAUCUGAGAUACAGUUGUUGAUGGAGUUUGUCUAUCUCAAUACAGGAGUCUGCCGUUCUCUGCACAUGAUUACUAAAUUUUCUAAGCAAUACUUUGUUGGCCUAUUUUUGCUAAUUACAAGGGAAAAAUUUAUGUCUGGGAGAAUAAUGUUGGCUCUUCUUCCACUUCUGAAGCUAUUUACAUCAGGAGGAGCAAGGAUUGUCAAUGCUUCCUCACUUGCGUCGGAGCUGAAGAGAAUGCCAAAUGAGAAGUUGCGAAACGAUUUGAGCAACAUUGACAUCUGGGACGAGGACCGGAUACAAGCAGUACUCAACACAUUCUUGGAAGACCUGAGGAGCGGUCGGCUGGAAGAGGCUGGGUGGCCCGUGAUGCUACCAGCCUACAGCCUGUCGAAAAUGGUCAUCAAUCUGUACACCAGGAUCAUAGCAAGGAGGUAUCCGGAGAUGCGCAUCAACUGUGUGCGACCUGGAUUUGUCACGACGGACAUCAGCUGGAAUCUGGGGGUCCUGACGCCUAAACAAGGUGCGAGAGGGCCAGUCAUGCUAGCUCUCCUCCCAGAUGAUGGACCAACGGGUUGGUACAGAGAUGAAAUGGGCGAUAAGAUGGGCAGCCUAUUAUUUUUCAAAAUGGUCAAGUAUUCAUCACUAGUCGAGGGAUUUUGUGGUGUGCAGUUUUCAUUUCCUAAUAUUCUAUUGUGCAAGUCUUGGUCACAGGAGUUAGCCACCAACACAGAAAGCCAUUUACUACCAGAAAUGCUAGAAGCGGCCAAUGGUUAUAUUUGUCAUGAGCUUCAUCUUAUGCUUACCUCUAUUGGAGUGACACAUAUGAUCGAUUGUGGUAAAUAUUUGAUAGGGGUUAUCGACUUGCUAACUCCAUGGGAUCCUAGCAUAGUGGUCUUCAACCUCAAGUUCCUGAUGCUUUGGCUUGAGGGCAAGCCAAAUCUUAAGAAGGGGGAAAUGUCAGUACUGAUGAGAUGGAAAACGGUGUGGUGGCUGAUGGCGGGUCGCGUCCGCCUCGUGUGCAUCAUCUGAGCGAUCGUGUAUAUGGGCCAGACCGAAGAAAGUGACCUGUUGGGCGCCUGCGUGCGCGAGGAUAGCUGGGCCUGGUUUGGCAGCUUGUAAGCAAGUAGUACUUAUGCACUACCUGAUGGAAGGGUCAGGAUUAUCGAAAACAUGAACAACUAUUUUCUCUCUGCAGAAGAUACUCCAUCCUUCCUGUGAUCUUCCCUACCUUCUCUUGUAUCUUCCUCCACUCCUGCUGUGUAUCUUCCUCCACUCCUGCUGUUCGGUUAGGGAUUAGUGAGUAUUGCUAACAGACGGGGACAGAGGAUGUUUGAAAAGCGCAGCAUACUCCCGUUGGGCUUCUUGACUGAUUUCUCCAUUACUGAUGAUGUGCAAGGCCUUCAUAGCUUUCUUGGAAGAUUUUCCACCCCAAUCCUGCAUAGCAAAUUCCACACCAAUUCCAGCCACCCGCCUGCUACGUCUUGGAGCAUUCGCCUUAUAGGGCUUUGAAGUCUUCUGAUUUGAUGCAGGUAAUGGAAGAAGGGUUUGUCAAUAGUCAAAGUAAAGUAAAACUAAAAGCGACCAGGUCUAGAAUCGGAACCGUCGCCUGGUUUGAAAGCUAUGAAGUAGAGUAUGUUCCUAAAGUUUUAUUUU